AUUGGACCAUCUUUAAAAAAAUUUGCUGAGGACAAGCGUUUUAUACUCGGAAGUGGCUCUGCGGGCACGGCUGUUUUUUCCGGCAUCUUGAAAGAUGGCAGUGAAGUGGCUGUGAAGAGAAUGUUGAUACAAGCGUGUAAAGAUACAGCUGAAAAUGAGAAAAACAUCUUAAGUCUCAUUAACACAAAAAAAUCACCAUUUAUAGUGAGUUAUCGCAAUUUUCUGAAGGACAAUACUUUCAUGUACCUGAUUGUUGAUCUCUGUGAAGAAACAUUGGAUGAAUAUGUGCAUUUUCAAAAUAUUCAACAUCUAGGAAUACAAGGUCGAAGAAUGAUCAAAGAAAUGUUAAAUGGACUUAAAUUUCUUCACGAUCAAGGAGUUUUGCAUAGAGAUCUCAAACCAUCAAAUAUCCUGCUUGACGUCAAGGGUCACAUCAGAUUGGCAGAUUUUGCAAUAAGUCGUGUUCUAAACGAAAAUGAAACCACUGUUCACACUGAUGCGAAAGGAACGAGAGGCUGGAUGGCUGUUGAAGUUAUCGAGACCUUAAAUAAAGGAGGUAAAGGACGUUUUAAAAAGAAAUCUGAUAUUCAAACUGCAGGAAUGAUUGCCUUCUUCAUUUUAACCAAAGGCGGACAUCCCUUCGGUGCUACUGUGUAUGAUCGAAUGACAAAUAUUAAGAACGGAAAUCCAGUUAACUUGCACGACCUUGAUGAUCCUGAUGCUCGACAGUUUGUUUUACGCUUGAUCAGCCACAAGAUUGAUGCCAGACCAAAUGCUCAUGAAGCAUUGGCGCAGCCUUUGAUGGAUAAUAUACAUUAA